AACAGUUUUUGUUUUCCAAUAUGCAACCACUCCACUUCAUAUUACGUGGACUAGAAAGUGUUAUAUUUAUGUGACAAUUGGCACAUUUUUUUAAGACUAGAAACCCUAGCAUCGAUCAGUUAUAAUCGGCUGAAUUACUAUCGUAUUAGUUAGCUAGAGCUUCACAUUUUAACUUGGUGCUUUUGCAAACGGAAGUACGCAAUCAACGUGGCCACGAUCUCAGAUCCAUAGUUAUUAAGAGAGAACUCAGAUGAGUAGACAGUCUCCACCGCGGACACGAUCUCAACUCCACCGCACACCGCCGGAAGCCGUCGUCACAGCAAGUCCGCCGUUGGUGAGACCUACCACUAGAUCUAUGUCCCUGAAGCGCAAGCACGACGUGGGCCAACCCUCUAAUGUCAACAGGAGAGUUCAACGAAUCACUUCUAUGGAUGCAAAGGCUCCACGCUCAACAGCAGCUCAAAAUCACAUGAUGAAACAAUCGGCCCUUCAUAGUUCUUCUAGCUCUCAUGUUUACAGUGGAGGCAGUCAACACUCAAUCUUCCUCUGCGGUAUAUGCUUUGACUACAAACCAAGCUCUCAUAUGUUUAAAAAUGGCAAGUGUAACCACUCCUUUUGUUCUGCAUGCAUGGCGAAGUACGUGACCUCCCAAAUAAACCAAAACAUUGUGAAGGUCACCUGUCCACACCCUAAUUGUCCCGUGGAACAGAACCCCAAAUCUUUGCACCCCAUCUUGCCCCGGAAAGUGAUUGAGAAGUGGGACAUGGCUAUAUGCGAGUCGACGAUUUCGGCGUCUCAGAAGACUUACCAGGGGCGGCCCUGUAUAUUCGAAGGCCUAGGGGCGAACAAUAAAAAAAUGGGCCUAAUUUUAAAAAAAAAUUGUAAAACACUUUUCUACCUAAAUAAAAAUGCAAAAUAAUAAUAUUUAAAUACCUUUAGAAUAAAGAAAAUACUUGAAUUCGUUAAAUUAAACAUAGUCGAAUAAUGUAUUCAAAAUAACCGAAUAAAAAAUUAUUUAAUGAUAAAUAAUGCCCCGAUACAAUACACUUGCUAAGGCCGGUGUCAUCAACUAUAGCGUCAUAAUCAAGCUUUUCUAAGACAUUAUUAUGCUCAAUACUUAAUAUAGCUAAUCAAUUAGUUAAAUUUAUAAAUUUAACUAAUUGAACUGCACGUUAGUUCUUCCUUUUUUUCAAUUUUGGGCCUUUUGCGUUCUUGGGCUUCCUGAACUUGUACAAAUUUAUUAAUUUUGGGUUAAAACUCAGCCUACUCAAAUAUACUAUAAAGAAAUAAUUUUGGGCCUAAAAAAUUUUCAUUUUUUUUGGGCCUAGGGCACCCGCCCCACCUGCCCCCCCCCCCAGGGCCGCCCCUGAGACUUACUGCCCCUUUAAGGACUGUUCGGUUCUGUUGGUCGACGACGGGAGAGAAGUUGUGACCCGCUGUGAGUGCCCUUCUUGUCAUAGGCUGUUUUGUGCACAAUGUAGGGUUCCUUGGCAUGCAAGCGUAGCUAGCUGUGAGGAAUACCAAAGGAUGAAGAAAAGGCAUUAUGUUGAUCAAGACCUGGAUAACAAGUUCUUUAACUUGGCCAAGGAUAGCAAAUGGCGAAAAUGUCCCUAUUGCAAUAUGUUUGUGCAGAGAGAUGGAGGAUGUGAACACAUCUCUUGCAGGUGUGGAGGUCACUUCUGCUAUUAUUGUGGGAAGAAUUGGGCAUCUGGACAUAUGUGUAACAGGGUGUAGCAGGGGAGACAAAAUGGAGAUUUUGGGUUCUGCCAUCAGUUGUGUUUCAUUGUUCAUUUUUGUCCAUGACUAUUUGGUUACUUUAAUCCUUUCUUUUGUUUUCAACUAUGAAUUACUUGUCAAUGACGGUCCUUCCCAUCAUUUAUGUUGUGUUAUGUUUGACACUUGAAAUGAAUACUUCAUCCGUCCUCUUUUAAAUGUCCCGUUUUACCAUAUUGGGAUGUCCCUAUUUAAAUGUCUCA